AUGGAGCAAAACGACACUUCUCAAGGGGAUUUCAUUCUCUUGGGCUUCUCUGAUAAGCCUCAAUUAGAGAUAAUUCUCUUUGCGGUCAUCUUGGUCUUCUACAUCUUGAACCUAGUGGGGAACAUGACCAUCAUCUUGGCCUCUAGCAUGGACCCCAAACUGCACACCCCAAUGUACUUCUUCCUCACCAAUUUGUCCUUUGUAGACCUCUGCUUGACUACCACAGUGGCUCCACAGUUACUGUUUACAAUGAGAAGCAAAGACAAAACUAUGAGCUACAAUGGCUGUGUAGCACAACUCUAUGUUGCCAUGGGAUUGGGAUCCACUGAGUGCAUUCUCUUGGUUGUUAUGGCAUAUGACCGCUAUGCAGCAGUCUGUCGCCCCCUCCACUAUGCAGUCAUCAUGCAUCCUCAACUCUGCCUAUUAUUGGCUGCAACAGCAUGGCUCAGUGGCCUCAUAACCUCUCUGAUCCAGUGUUCUCUCACUAUACAGCUACCUCUGUGUGGUCAUAACAAGCUUGACCACAUCUUCUGUGAGGUACCAGUGUUGAUCAAACUGGCUUGUGUCGACACCACUUUCAAUGAAGAUGAGCUUUUUGUGGCCAGUGUGGUCUUCCUCGUGGUGCCUGUCUCUCUCAUUCUGAUCUCUUAUGGCUACAUAACCCAAGCCAUAUUGAGGAUCAAAUCUGCAGCAGGACGGCGUAAAGCAUUUGGGACUUGUUCUUCUCAUUUGGUUGUAGUAAUAAUUUUCUAUGGGACCAUCACUUUCAUGUAUCUCCAGCCAGCCAAAAGUAAAUCAAAAGACCAAGAGGAUCAAAGACAUCAUGGGGUGAUGACUUCCAUGUGAAUUGGAUUUUAGUGAGCCAGAGCUGCACAGUCAUCAACUUCAGCCUCUCUUCCAUAAUCAUUGAAAUGACAAGACAAUGCAGUGGAUGACCUUGGCAUCUUCACUGUCUGAUUAAGCUCUAAGGAUUCUCCAGAAUCUGCUCCAACUGCCUUCACAUCCAUUAGAACAAAGUGUUCUUAUCCAUCUCUUCUGCCAGAGAAAUCUUCACAAACUUGGAAUACAUGCCCCCUUAACUUACUGAUAGGAUUAUGGUUAGUCACUUCCCCUCAGCCUGGUUUUGCUCAUCUGCUGAUGAAGUAGCCCCCAAAAGGCUAAAGAUGGAAAAAUUAAAAGGAGAUAAAGCAAAUAGGCCCCUGUCAUCAUUUUUAGAGAACAGACCUGGCUUCCCUCCCCCAGGAGUUUAAGCUGUUUACGCAGAUAACAAAUUAGUUUCUACUUAGCUUGGGGGGCAGAAGGCAAAGAGGAAUUUCAGGAAUAUCAAAGGGUCAGUGAACUAACAUUUGACUAAGUGAAUAUAAACACUCCUUAGAUCACAACCCCAGGAUCAUCUUCUCUUCUCCAACCUUGAAUUCCUGUAUUAAAGUCUGUUUGUUGUCAGAUAAGAACCUGUAGUGAAGAGAAAUAACUUGUCCUAUAUAAACUGUCUCUUAAUGUCAAAUCCAUGCAGUUUUCCAUUAGGGAAUUCUGUCCCAGCUGGUAGAUUCUUUAUUUCUCUCUUUUAUUAAUAAAUUAAAGUUCCAAUAA